AUGAUCUACAACCUUAAGAAGAUUGUUCUUACUAUCUUCUUCUUGUUUCUCUCUUCACCAGUUUCCUUGGCCAAGCCACAGAAUAAAACAAUUAUCCCGGUGAAAGUGGGGGUUAUUCUUGGUGGCCUUGAACAUUCAGUGACCGAGGAGAUAUGGUUGAGUUGCAUAAAAUUGGCCAUCUCAGACUUCUACGCUUCUCAUGCUCAUUACAAAACUAGGCUGAUCUUGAACAUCAGGGAAUCCAGACAGAAUAUUGUUGCUGCAGCUGCCAAAGCCCUAGAUCUGAUAAAGAAUGAAGAAGUGAAAGCCAUAAUUGGGCCACUGACAUCCAUGGAGACUAGCUUUGUUAUUAGUCUCGGAGAGGAAGCUCGUGUGCCGAUCAUAUCAUUUUCUGCAACAAGCCCUUCUCUUACUUCUCUCAGUAGCCCUUAUUUUUUCCAGUUUGCACAAAAUGACUCAUCCCAAGUAAAAGCCAUAAGUGCCAUUGUGAAAGCUUUUGGGUGGAGACAAGUUGUGCCGAUCUACGUAGACACUUCAUCCGGGGAGGCAGUCAUACCAUACUUAACUGAUGCCUUGGAAGAGGUUAAUGCUCGUGUCGCUUAUCACAGUGUCAUUUCCCCCACUGCAACUGAUGAUCAGAUUGAGAAAGAGCUUUACAAGUUGAAGACAAUGCAAACUAGAGUCUUUGUUCUGUACAUGACUCCUGAAUUGUGUUCUAAGCUAGUUCACAAGGCGAAUGAGAUUGGAAUGAUGACUGAGGGCUAUGUUUGGAUCACAACGAAUGGGAUGACAAAUAGUUUAAAGACUAUUGAGUUCCUCAAUUUCAUCGACGGGGUAUUAGGUGUUGAAACUUAUGUUCCAAUGACAAAACAGCUUCAAGAGUUCAUGUCACGAUGGCAUCGGCAGAUCCAAAAAGACACUCCAGUCAGUAUCUUCUCUGGUUUGAACUUGGAUGUUUUUGCACUUUGGGCGUAUGAUGCUACUUUUGCACUAGCCAUGGCUAUUGAACAAGUAUAUGGGAGUACAAGUAGUAUUGUCCCCGAGGACACAAAUGUUGCUUCCAACAAAUCGACUGAUCUUGAAAGUGUUGCAGUUUCUCAACAUGGUCCGAAACUUCGCAAAGCUUUGUUAGCUACUAAAUUUCAAGGCAUUGCCGGAGAAUUCAGCCUUAUUGAUGGUCAACUUCAGGCGUCAACUUUUCAGAUUGUUAAUAUAAAUGGUGGUGCACCAAGAAAAAUAGGAUUUUGGACACCGCAAAAUGGACUAGUGAACAAAGCAAACUCCUCAAGUUCCAAUAUUGGACCUAUUAUAUGGCCGGGAGAUUCUCUCUCUGUACCAAGAGGAUGGGAGAUCCCAACGAAUGGGAUUAAACUGAAAAUAGGAGUUCCGGUGAAGGAUGGUUUUGUUGAGCUUGUUAAGGUAACAACAGAUCCAAGCACCAACACUACAGAUGUCACAGGCUUCAGUAUUGAUGUCUUUAAGGCAGCAGUAGAAUUGUUACCAUAUGCUCUUCCUUAUGAGUUUGUUCCUUUCACCAAUCCUAAUGGCACCAACACCGGCCUCACUUACAACGAUUUGUGCUAUCAAGUAUAUCUCGGGAACUUCGAUGCUGUGGUUGGAGAUGUGACGAUUAGAGCAAACAGGUCUUUGUAUGUGGACUUUACAAUGCCAUACACAGAAGCUGGUGUGGUCAUGGUUGUGCCUGUCAAAGACAUCAAGAGACAAAGUGCAUGGACUUUCUUGAAGCCUUGGAGAUGGGACCUUUGGCUAACAAUUACUUGGUUCUUUCUCUUCAUUGGUUUUGUGGUUUGGGUUCUUGAACAUCGAGUUAACAAACAUUUUCGAGGCCCUCCAGCAUACCAAGUUGGCACAAGUAUUUGGUUCUCCUUCUCCACCAUGGUUUUUGCACAGCCGGCAAGAAUUGUUAGCAACCUGGCUAGAUUCGUGAUGAUUGUAUGGAUAUUUGUUUUGUUAGUACUGACAAUAAAUUACACAGCCAGUCUAACAUCACUUUAUACAGUUGAAAAAGUUCAGCCCACUGUUACCACUCUAAGUGAUCUGUUACAGAAUGGGGAUAAUGUUGGCUACGCAAGAAAUUAUGUUUUUGAUAUCUUGAUUCAAGUAGGGUUUGACAAAUCCAAGCUUAAGAUGUUCAAAACUAUGGUAGACAUAGAUGAAGCUCUUACUAGAGGAAGUGCAAAUGGUGGUAUUGCUGCUGUUGUUGAUGAAAGCCCCAGCAUGAAGAUUUUUAUAGCAAAAUAUUGCAAGAAAUAUACCUUGUUGGGACCCUUCUUCAAAACUGAUGGCUUUGCUUUUGUGUUUCCUAAAUAUUCCCCUAUAGUACGCGAUGUUUCACAAGCAAUCCUAAAUGUUACAGGAGGAGAGUUGAUAAUGAACAUCGAAAACAAAUGGUUCAAGAAGGAAAGCAAUUGUGAAGAUCUGAACACUAGGGUUUCUAGCAAAAGUCUUGGCACUGACAGCUUCUGGUUCCUCUUCGUCUUAGUCGGGUUGGUUUCGACAGUAGCUCUCAUCGUAUAUGUAGCUUCCUUCAUUCAUAAGCAUAGGCAUGUGUUGGUGCACCCGGAUACUGAUCCGAAACCCUCAACAUCAGAAAAGAUUCGAGCUAUGUUCGAAAUUUUCAACGAGAAAGACCUCAACUACCACACUUUCAAAACCAAGCAACCACAAGAGACAGUGGAGGCCUCAUCCAACAAAAAUAGCUGCCCAAUGAGUCCAGCUCUCCACCACAAUCCAAACCCUAGGGAUUCCAAUUCUGUUUUCGAUAUAGAACUGGAAGAUGAGCCUCCAGAAGUUCUUGCUACUCCUGAGGAUGCUGUCACAGUUCAAGAAAUGCACAGAUAG